AUGAGGGGAGGUGGGGGAGGCCCCUGUGCUCUCCCCACCGACCUGCUGGCGACGGCAGGUGAGGAGCGGUGGAGGCACUCCCCGGCGCUGCGGCUGAAGUCGACUCCCCGGCCCAAGUUCUCUGUGUGUCUCCUGGGGGACCAGCAGCACUGCGAUGAGGCCAAAGCAGUUGACAUCCCUCAUAUGGACAUAGAGGCUCUGAAGAAACUCAACAAAAACAAGAAGUUGGUGAAGAAGCUGGCUAAGAAGUAUGAUGCCUUCCUGGCUUCCGAGUCCCUGAUCAAGCAGAUUCCUCGAAUCCUGGGUCCGGGUCUGAACAAAGCCGGCAAAUUCCCUUCUCUCCUCACCCACAAUGAGAACCUGGUGGCCAAGGUUGACGAGGUCAAGUCUACCAUCAAAUUCCAGAUGAAGAAGGUGCUCUGUCUGGCUGUGGCCGUUGGUCACGUGAAGAUGACAGAAGACGAACUCGUCUACAACAUCCACCUGGCCAUCAACUUCCUGGUGUCCUUGCUGAAGAAGAACUGGCAGAACGUGCGCGCUUUGUACAUCAAGAGCACCAUGGGGAAGCCCCAGCGCCUCUACUGAUGGGGCAGCAAUAAAUUUUUAGGACACCU